AUGCCGCCCUUCAAGAAGACAGAACGCCACGACACUGGAGAUUAUUCUGAGGAGUGCCAGGAUGGGACUCAAGUGCACGAAAACCCCUGCCCCAAACUGGAAGACAACACGUCAGCAGUUCGUCAAGCGCCUAUUGAGAUCCUCUCUGAGAUCUUCGAGUACUUCGUCCCUUUCUACUCAUUCUCUGACGACCAUGCAUGCACAAGAACCGACGCUCCCACCCCCCUAAUGCUGACAUGUCGCGCUUGGAACAACGCCGUCUUCGCCACACCAGGGUUCUGGACCACCAUCCCAACAAUCGAAAUGUGGACGACCCGCUCUCGUUCGACCCCCUUCAUCCAGCUCCUACAGAUAUACCUCGAUCGCUCGAAGGGUCGACCUAUUGACGUCUCCAUUUGGAAUAGACCUUGGAAGGAUGUCGGCGGUCCAGCACCUCCUCAUCCCGCAGUUUUGCUUAUCGUCUCGGAAUCGGCUCGCUGGAGAAGAGCAACUAUUUCAAUCAAUGCAAUGUCCGUCAACCUCCUCAGCGGUAUCAAAGGUCGUAUCCCACUACUUCGGACAUUGCGAUUCUCGAUCCAGACAAGACCAUCCUUCAGGAGCAUGCAGGAGGUCUUUCAGACAACGCCAGCUCUUGUAGACUUGGAGGUCAGGACUUCCAGGGCAUUCGAGUUCGUUGACAUCCCAAGGACAUUUACACGCUUCCGUGGUCUCGUCAAGGACCUUCAAUUCUUCGAGGCGUCUUGCGCUCACAUCACAGCGAUAACUCUCAAAGGGCCGCUUCAGCGCAUCGCUCUGCCCUCUCAAGCUCUGACACUUCCUCGUCUGCUCUCCCUUUCUCUAAUCAAUGAACGCUUCCCAUACCCUGCAGAUUCAGCUAACCGCUCGAUCCUUUCCUUUCUCUCUGCCCCUCGCCUACAAGCGCUCGAGAUCCAUGGCAAGCGCCUCAGUGCCGAUUUUAUUUUAAUGGGGUUCGUGCACCUUCAAUUGAGAUCCUGGAUGAAAUCCCGUAUUCCUUCAACCCUGCAAUCCCUUUCGAUGGACAUCAGCAUAUCGGACAAUGCGUGGAUCCCCGUUCUUGCGUUCUUACCGGCCCUCAAGACCUUUUCCACGCAUCCCCCGAGAAACGAUGUAGUAAACGCGUUAUUCCGCCACUCGCUGUCGAGUGCUGUGCAAAAGUCACGGCAUCAGUCGAUCAAGGAAUGCUUUGAGGCUCAAGAACAAGGGGAGUGUUCAUGGAAGGAGAUGCUUUCACACCCAGAAGGAGUAGAAGAGUCGAAGAAGCUAACUGGAUGGCAUCGAGUCAUCGCGAAGCGAUUCCUCAUUCGCGACCCGAAGGAGAGCGUGAGGUCAUACGCGCUGACAGGGAAACGAAGGUCUUGGGUGAAAGCUCUAGCUGAUGAUAUGAAUCGGCUUGACAUCUUCCUAAAGCACAUUGAAUCCUACGAAAUUGUGGACGUAAACUCGUUGAACACCUCAAGACUCCAUCGCAGCAUGCGCGAUCUUAGCUUGAUGCCAGACGGCAUAAUCCCGCAAGACGACGUUUACCACUUCCGCGAGCGCGCAAAAGCGCUUGUCAAGAGGUGGUUCGACCUCCUGUCGCCUUUGGUCAAUGAACGACAAUGGAUCGUGACAGAGAAUGCGACAGAACUGGAAUAUGUCGGACGUAUUCCCGCAGAUAAGCGAGAUCCCAUUCAAAUUGUAUUUCAUUGA